AUGGUUCGUAAACUCAAACUACACGAGAAGAAAUUGCUGAAAAAGACAGAUUUCAUGCAAUGGGAGGUUGAUCAGCAAGGAAAGCAGACGGAGCAAAUGAGAAAGUAUCACAUCACAAAAAGGGAACAUUACUCGUUAUACAAUAAGCUGGCUGCGGAGGUGCGUUCUAUAGCAGAAAAGCUGAAAGAGCUUCCACCAAAUGAACCAUUUCGUGUUCGCUGCAUUCGUGAAAUGCUAAGCAAGUUGUAUGCUGCUGGUGUGAUUCCCACCGCAGAUACGGCAGAACGACUGGGCAAAGUAUCUGCUGCUUGUUUUGCCAGGCGUCGUUUGCCCGUGGUGAUGAAAAAAAUAGGAAUGGUGGACAGUAUUCGUGGUGCCAGCGAUUUUGUGGAACAGGGUCAUGUACGCAUUGGUCCCAAAUUGGUUACCGAUCCAGCUUUUAUGGUAACUCGAAAUCAGGAAGAUGCAAUCACUUGGACUAAUGCCAGCAAAAUCAAGCAACAUGUUUUGGACUACAAUAAUGCUCGUGACGAUUUUGAUUUGGCAUGA